GAGUGCAGGUCACUCCCUCCCAGCUACCCGUAGACAGCUCUAGGCGCUUAGAAACAGACCGAGCUCGUCUGCGACUUCAUCUAAGCGGACUGAAGCGUUGUCUUUCGGUUUUCAAGUGUUUUCUUGAUUGCUACUUUGAGGAACUACCGUGUUUAUUGUUGAAGAAGCAGAGCGGCGGAAGGAAAUGUCCAGCUGAGUGUUGGAAGUCCUAAGCGACCACUGGGGCCUAUUUUUUUGUAAUGAUUGAUCAAUGCUUCCAUUAUGGCACUGAAGGCACAGGUUUUAUAUGACUUCACUGCGGAGCCUGGAAACAAUGAGCUGACAGUGAAAGAAGGCGAAACCAUCACUAUCACCAAUCAGAAUGUUGGUAGCGGCUGGAUUGAAGCACAGAACUCCAGAGGGGAGGUCGGACUGGUGCCGGAGGACUACGUAGAGCUCAACAAGUCGUCAUUCCCCGGAGCGCCAACCGCAGCACCGACUCCCAGCGUCGGAAACGUUGCGACUGCAGACCUGUCCUUCUUUGACGCCUUUGCUCCUGCGUCGACACAAAACCAGGUGGAUCCUAGGGGCUUGAGUCCCCAGCCUGACACCCCCGACACCCCAGUUUCCCCCUACCUUGUGUCGCCCGAUGAGGCUAGCAACGGCAAUGAUCCCUGGUCGGCGUGGAACACAGACCCCUCGGGGGGCGCCUCCAACAACUGGGCGUCCAAUCCAGAAGGCACCCAGACUGGCAAGACGGCCGCUGGUGACUCCUGGGGAGGCCCGGCACCUCAGGGUCACCCUCAGGCUUACCAGGGUCCUGGGGCCGAGGACGACGAGUGGGACGACGAGUGGGACGACAUGAAGUCCACCGGGGGUUACGGCGAGUCUGAAUCUGGAGAUGGCGGAGCCAUGCAGCGAGGCGGAGCUCACCCAUCGAUGAAACUCAAGUUUCCGGGGUUCUCCAAGUCUGGUCCUGAGCUGUACCUACUAUGCAAGCAGAUUGCAAAGGGCAAAGACAAGCUACCGAUUUACAUGGGAGAAGUGGGUCCAGUGUGGCUUUAUCCAGAAUCGCAGCUGGACUGUGUGGUCGCUGAUCCAAAGAAAGGCUCAAAGAUGUACGGCCUCAAGAGCUACAUCGAGUAUCAAAUCACGCCCAAUACCACAAACCGCCCUGUCAAUCACAGAUACAAGCACUUUGAUUGGCUAUAUGAGAGGCUGCUGGACAAAUUUGGCUCCGCCAUCCCCAUCCCCUCCUUACCAGACAAGCAGGUGACAGGGCGCUUUGAGGAGGAGUUCAUUAAGAUGCGAAUGGAGCGGUUGCAGGGCUGGAUGAGCAGGAUGUGCAGGCACCCGGUGGUUUCUAGCAGCGAAGUAUUCCAGCUUUUCCUCACGUAUAAGGAUGAGAAGUAUAUCUACAUGGCGCAGGACUGGAAAAUGGGGAAGAGAAAAGCAGAAAAGGAUGAAACGGUGGGAGUGAUGAUCUUUACUACUAUAGAGCCAGAAGCUGCAGACUUGGAUCCUGUAGAAGUAGAGCAGAAAUGCGAGCAGUUCAGCAGGUUUACCAAAGCAAUGGACGACGGAGUGAAGGAAAUCCUCACAGUUGGACACGAGCACUGGAAGCGAUGCACAGGACCUCUGCCAAAGGAAUAUCAGCGCAUUGGUAAAGCCUUCCAGAACCUCUCCUCAGUGUUCACCAGCAGUGGAUAUCAAGGCGAGUCAACCCUGACUGAUGCCAUGACGGCGGCGGGGAAGACCUACGAGGAGAUAGCACAGCUGGUAGCAGAGCAGCCCAAGAAAGACCUCCACUUCCUCAUGGAGACUAACAACGAGUAUAAAGGUCUGCUUGGAUGCUUCCCGGAUACCAUCGGAGUCCAUAAGGCGGCCAUUGACAAAGUGAAGGAAGGCGACAAGUUGGUGGCAACCAGUAAAAUAACCCCUCAGGAAAAGGUCACCAUGGCGAAACGAGUCAGCACCAUGUCUUACGCAUUGCAAGCUGAGAUGAACCACUUCCAUAGCAACCGUAUCUACGACUACAACCGCGUCAUGCAGUUGUACCUGGAAGAGCAAGUCAAGUUUUACGAGACGAUUGCUGCAAAGCUGAGACAAGCUCACAGUCAGUUCACUACAAUGUGAAGGCAACAGUCCACAAGCGACGAAAAGAGCUCCACAUCCCAAAUGUUGUCACUUAACUGCUUGUUUUCCAACUUUCUUCUUCAUCUUUUUUAAUGAAAAUUUCUCUUACCUUUAUGACACUUUAAACCCGCAGCAGUGAUUGCGGAUGAUGACACGCAACUCUUCCUCUUUUUAAGAGACGGGAACAAAACACGCAAACCGCAGUUUACACAAAUGAAAGUUUCUGUAAAGACAAGCAAAUUGAAGGUUAGAGUAGUUGGGGUCACAUUUAAUGCUAUUUUGGACGCAGCAUUGACAUAGUCAUUCACUGUGGCCGCGGCCUUUUCAUGCCAAUGUUUGGUAGAUAUUGUCACUAAUGACCGUGGAGCGUCCCUCUAAGGAAGCGUUUGUGUCCCGUGCCUUCUUUCUUCCUGCACUUCCUCUUUGCAAACAGGAAGCCCCGCCCCUUCCUGUUGUACCCACGUGCCUUAUUUGGUUCCCUUCUAUUUCUGCAUUCGUUUACAUUUCAGGAGAAAAUGAAAAAAAAAAAGUUUUUAUAUGAAGGAGAAACCGCUGCUUCAAGAAUAACAGCAAAGUUUAAGGGGGCGGAGCUACAGAUCACAUCACGUAUGCAGUUUUGUUUGUUUUUGCUUUCAAUCAUUCGUUUUGUUCACUUUUGUUUUACUAUCACGUGAUACCCAAAUAUAGUAGAUGUAUAAUACCUAUAUAACUAUUUAAUGAGCAUGCUGGCUGGCAUCACGGGCGCAGGUGCAGGUGUACAAUGACCCGUUGCAAAGAUAUUACCACAGUUGCUGUUUAAGAAAUGUUAGAAGGUUCAAUCCAAACCGUGCGCUAUUGUCUUUGCAAAGGCAGAGUUCAUUGUGUGAAGGCUCUUUAUUUGUACAUGUGUGCCUCAUGAAGUGUCUGGUGAGUGUACAUAUAAAUAAUAAAUAUACACGCUAUUCUAUCAA